AAAUUUCUGACAUUAUUAUUACUGAUCCAUAAAAAAAAUAUCUGUAAAAAGGGGGUGUGAAAUUCUUUUAUGGUAAAAAAUUCAUUUAUUUCAAUUAUUUUGCAAGAACAAGAAGAAAACAAAGAAAACAGUGGAUCUGUUGAAUUUCAAGUAGUAAGUUUCACCAACAAGAUACGAAGACUUACUUCACAUUUGGAAUUGCACAAAAAAGAUUAUUUAUCUCAGAGAGGUCUGCGGAAAAUUCUGGGAAAACGUCAACGGCUACUGGCUUAUUUGUCAAAAAAAAAUAGAGCACGUUAUAAAGAAUUAAUAGGGCAGUUGAAUAUUCGAGAGAGAAAAACUCGUUAAUUUGAAGAGUUAGUUUGAGUUUGAUGAACUUCUUUUCGCUUUCAGCAAUUCAUGGAAGAAUGAAUCAGGAAAAACCUAUGACUGUACCAGCUACAAGAAAAGACCUCAUGAUAGUCAAUAUGGGACCUCACCACCCAUCAAUGCAUGGUGUUCUUCGACUCAUUGUUACUCUAGAUGGUGAAGAUGUUAUUGACUGUGAACCCAUAUUGGGUUAUUUACACAGAGGUAUGGAAAAAAUUGCAGAAAAUCGAACAAUUAUACAAUAUUUGCCUUAUGUAACACGUUGGGAUUAUUUAGCUACUAUGUUCACAGAAGCAAUAACUGUAAAUGCGCCAGAGCAAUUGGGCAAUAUUCAAGUCCCUAAAAGGGCUAGUUAUAUCAGAGUCAUUAUGUUGGAGUUAAGUCGUAUAGCUUCCCAUUUGUUAUGGCUUGGCCCUUUUAUGGCAGAUAUUGGGGCACAGACCCCCUUCUUCUAUAUUUUUCGAGAAAGAGAAUUGAUUUAUGACCUAUUCGAAGCUGCCACCGGUAUGCGAAUGAUGCACAAUUUUUUUCGUAUUGGUGGAGUCGCUGCUGAUUUACCCCAUGGCUGGAUAGAAAAAUGUUUGGAUUUUUGCGAUUAUUUUUUAACAGGGAUUGCUGAAUAUCAAAAGCUUAUUACACGGAAUCCCAUUUUUUUAGAACGAGUUGAAGGAGUAGGCAUUAUUGGUGGAGAGGAAGCAAUAAAUUGGGGUUUGUCGGGACCAAUGCUACGAGCUUCCGGAAUACAAUGGGAUCUUCGUAAAGUUGAUCAUUACGAGUGUUACGAUGAGUUUGAUUGGGAAGUCCAAUGGCAAAAAGAGGGCGAUUCAUUAGCUCGUUAUUUAGUACGAAUUAGUGAAAUGACGGAAUCCAUAAAAAUUAUUCAACAGGCCCUUGAAGGAAUUCCGGGAGGGCCCUAUGAAAAUUUAGAAAUCCGCCGCUUUGAUAGAGUAAAAGAUACUGUAUGGAAUGAGUUUGACUAUCGAUUCAUUAGUAAAAAACCCUCUCCGACUUUUGAAUUGUCGAAGCAAGAACUUUAUGCGAGAGUCGAAGCACCAAAAGGAGAAUUGGGAAUUUUUCUGAUAGGAGAUAAGGGUGUUUUCCCUUGGCGAUAUAAAAUUCGCCCGCCGGGGUUUAUUAAUUUGCAAAUUCUUCCUCAGUUAGUUAAAAGAAUGAAAUUGGCUGAUAUUAUGACGAUACUAGAAUUACAAGCUAUCAAUUCUUUUUCUAGAUUGGAAUCCUUAAAAGAAGUCUAUGGGAUCAUAUGGAUGCUUAUCCCUAUUUUUACUCUUGUAUUAGGAAUCACAAUAGGUGUACUAGUUAUUGUUUGGUUAGAAAGAGAAAUAUCCGCGGGUAUACAACAACGUAUUGGUCCUGAAUACGCAGGACCUUUAGGAAUUCUUCAAGCUCUAGCAGAUGGUACAAAAUUACUUUUCAAAGAAAACCUUCUUCCAUCUAGAGGAGAUAUUCGUUUAUUUAGUAUUGGACCAUCUAUUGCAGUCAUAGCAAUUUUAUUAAGUUAUUUAGUAAUUCCUUUUGGGUAUCGUCUUGUUCUAGCCGAUCUCAGUAUCGGUGUUUUUUUAUGGAUUGCUAUUUCAAGUAUUGCCCCUGUCGGCCUUCUUAUGUCAGGAUAUAGCUCCAAUAAUAAAUAUUCUUUUUUAGGUGGUCUACGAGCUGCUGCUCAAUCAAUUAGUUAUGAAAUACCAUUAACUCUAUGUGUGUUAUCAAUAUCUCUACUAUCUAACAGUUCAAGUACAGUUGAUAUAGUUGAAGCGCAGUCAAAAUAUGGUUUUUGGGGAUGGAAUUUGUGGCGUCAACCUAUAGGAUUUCUAGUUUUUCUAAUUUCUUCCCUAGCCGAGUGUGAACGAUUACCCUUUGAUUUACCAGAAGCAGAAGAAGAAUUAGUAGCAGGUUAUCAAACCGAAUAUUCCGGUAUCAAAUUUGGUUUAUUUUACGUUGCUUCAUAUUUAAAUCUAUUAGUUUCUUCAUUAUUUGUAACAGUUCUUUACUUGGGGGGUUGGAAUCUUUCUAUUCCGUACAUAUUUUUUCCUGAGCUUUUUGAAAUUGCUAAAGGAGGUAGAGUUUUUGCGGCAAUAAUAGGUAUCUUUAUUACAUUAGCUAAAACUUAUUUGUUCUUGUUCAUUCCUAUCGCAACAAGAUGGACUUUACCAAGGCUGAGAAUGGACCAAUUAUUAAAUCUUGGAUGGAAAUUUCUUUUACCUAUUUCUCUAGAGAAAGAAACAAGUAUCCUAUUUUUUAUAGAUAUUCACGAUAUGUUCCCUAUGGUAACUGAGUUCAUGAAUUAUGGCCAACAAACGGUACGAGCCGCAAGGUAUAUUGGUCAAGGUUUCAUGAUUACCUUAUCACACGCGAAUCGUUUACCUGUAACUAUUCAAUACCCCUACGAAAAAUUGAUCACGUCCGAGCGUUUCCGUGGCCGAAUCCACUUUGAAUUUGAUAAAUGCAUUGCUUGUGAAGUAUGUGUUCGCGUAUGUCCUAUCGAUCUACCUGUUGUUGAUUGGAAAUUGGAAACUGAUAUUAGAAAGAAACGAUUGCUUAAUUACAGUAUUGAUUUCGGAAUAUGUAUAUUUUGUGGUAAUUGCGUUGAGUAUUGUCCAACAAAUUGUUUAUCAAUGACUGAAGAAUAUGAACUUUCUACUUAUGAUCGUCACGAAUUGAAUUAUAAUCAAAUUGCUUUGGGUCGGUUACCAAUGUCAGUAAUUGACGAUUACACAAUUCGAACAAUUUUAAAUUUGCCUGAAAUAAAAACUUAAGAACUUGUUUUGAUCUAGUUUAAU